AUGGGUGCUCUUGAUCACAUCUCCGACCUCUUUGACUGCUCUUACAGAAGAAGUUCCAAGUACAAGAAGAAGCGCAAGCAAUUCCAGACGGUGGAGGUGAAAGUGAAGAUGGAUUGUGAAGGAUGUGAGAGAAAAGUGAAGAAAUCAGUUGAAGGGAUGAAAGGGGUGACACAAGUGGAAGUUGAACGGAAAGCAAACAAAGUAACCGUUACGGGCUACGUGGAGCCUUCCAAGGUGGUGAAUCGUAUUGUUUAUCGAACGGGGAAAAGGGCUGAGCUGUGGCCUUAUGUUCCAUACGACGUGGUUGCACACCCUUAUGCUCCUGGUGUUUACGACAAAAAAGCACCUUCCGGUUACGUUAGAAACGCUUAUGAUCCAAACGUUUCUAGCCUCGCGCGUGCUAGUUCUGCUGAAGUUAGGUAUACUACUGCUUUCAGUGAUGAUAACCCCGCCGCAUGUGCCGUCAUGUGA